UUCCGGUGGCGCGUGCGGGCGGUGCCGGGCGGAGCGCGGGGCGCGGCAGGUCUGCGGGGCGCGGCUGCAGGGCGGCAAUGCUAUGACCUUCUGGUGAUUGGCGGGGGAUCCGGCGGCCUAGCCUGUGCCAAGGAAGCCGCCCAGCUGGGGAAGAAGGUGGCCGUUGUGGACUACGUGGAGCCUUCCCCCCGAGGCACCCGGUGGGGCCUUGGCGGCACCUGCGUGAACGUCGGCUGCAUCCCCAAGAAGCUGAUGCACCAGGCGGCGCUGCUAGGGGGCAUGAUCCACGACGCCUCCCACUACGGCUGGAAGGUGGCCCAGCCCCUGCAUGACUGGGGGAAAAUGGCAGAAGCCGUUCAGAACCACGUGAAGUCCCUGAACUGGGGGCACCGGGUCCAGCUGCAGGACAGAAAAGUGAAGUACCUGAACUUCAAGGCCAGCUUUGUCAAUCCACACGUGGUUUGUGGUGUCUCAAAAGCUGGGGAAGAGACUCUGCUUUCGGCCGACCACAUUGUCAUCGCCACCGGAGGGCGGCCGAGGUACCCCAUGCACAUCGAAGGUGCCUUGGAAUACGGGAUUACGAGUGAUGACAUCUUCUGGCUGAAGGAGUCCCCUGGAAAAACGUUGGUGGUUGGGGCCAGCUACGUGGCCCUGGAGUGUGCUGGCUUCCUCACUGGGCUCGGCCUGGAUACCACUGUCAUGAUACGCAGUGUCCCUCUCCGGGCCUUCGACCAGCAAAUGGCUUCCUUGGUCACAGAGCACAUGGCGGUUCACGGCACCCGAAUCCUGAGGGGCUGCACCCCCUUGAGGGUGGAGAGGCUCUCAGACGGGCGACUCCAGGUCACCUGGGUGGACCUUGCCUCCGACAAGAAGGACACAGGCACCUUUGACACCGUCCUGUGGGCCGUAGGCCGAGUUCCAGAAACCAGAGGUCUGAAUUUGGAGAAGGCUGGUGUGCGUACCAACCCCAACACUCAGAAGAUCCUGGUUGACGCCCAGGAAGCCACCUCCGUCCCCCACAUCUAUGCCAUCGGAGAUGUGGCGGAGGGACGGCCAGAGCUGACGCCCACGGCUAUCAUGGCCGGGAGGCUCUUAGCCCAGCGGCUCUGCAGUCGGUCCUCAGACCUGAUGGACUAUGACAACGUCCCCACGACGGUCUUCACACCGCUAGAGUAUGGCUGUGUGGGGCUGUCAGAGGAGGAGGCCGUGGCUCGCCAUGGAGAGGAGCGUGUGGAGGUUUAUCACGCAUAUUAUAAACCACUGGAGUUCGUGGUGCCUGAACGGGAUGCGUCCCAGUGUUACAUAAAGAUGGUGUGUCUGCGGGAGCCCCCACAGCUGGUGUUGGGCCUGCACUUCCUUGGCCCCAAUGCUGGUGAAGUUACUCAAGGAUUUGCUCUGGGGAUCAAGUGUGGGGCCUCCUACCAGCAGGUGAUGCGGACGGUGGGCAUCCACCCAACCUGUGCUGAGGAGGUGGCCAAGCUGCGCAUCUCCAAGCGCUCGGGCCUGGACCCCACCGUGACCGGCUGCUGA